GCGUCUGCGCGCGUGAUUCACAUAAACUUACCGCUAACCUAGCCAGGCUAAAUAAAGAGCAGUGAUUAGCGAUUUAAAAACUAUAUUCGGGUUUUAUGUGCAAACCACAGAUAUUAUGGGUGACGAGCGACUGAGUGAGACACUGGAUUGUGAGCUAAAGAUGUACAAACCGUCCCACCCCCUGCCUGUGGAAAUACAGCAGAUGGAGCAAACGGAGACUACAUGCCAGUACUGUGGUGUGAGCUACCUGAUCCUGCACGAGUUCCAGCGGCUGCAGAAACGGUUGAGAGAGGUGGAGAGAGAGCUUGAGAGAGAGCGAGGGAGUGUUGAGAAAGAGAGUGUGGUCCGAGAGCAGCUGGAGCGUUCCUGUGUUCAGCUGGAGGAACUGAAAGCAGCACAUCAACUUCAGGAAAACAGAGUGAAGGAUCUGGUGCAGCAGGUGUCCACAGUGAGUUGUGAGCUGGACGCUGUGAAGGUGCAAAGGGAUAAAGCACGAGCAGACCUAGCAAAUGAGCGCAGCAGCCGCUCGAGACUCAGGGCUGUAUGCCAGCAUCAGAGUGGAACUCUGCGGGAGGCUCUGGUCUUGCUUCGGGAUUCAGCUGCUGAACUGGGGGACGUGAGGCAGCAGCUUACUCUGUACUCAGAGCAGUGGGAGACCAGUAAAGCACAGAUCCUACAGCACUGCUGUACUGCAUCUACAGAGCAAGCUGCACUCCAGCAGGAAGUGGACAGGGCCGAGGCUGAGCUUGUAAAACUUCAGGAGGACGUUCAGGAGCUGCAGUCGAGCCUGAAUGCCAGUCUUCUUCAAGCUCAGAGGUUGGAGAACCAGGUCCAGAAACAGGAGCUCCUGCAGAAACAGAACCAUCAGGCCCAGUCCUACAUCCAGAAGCUGAAGCAGGAGCUGGAGGUCUUGCGGGAUGAGUCAGAGAGGAGUCUCAGUGAGAGAGAGCGUGUGGAGGGGCUUCUAAAGAGCAGACAGAAGGAAGAAGAGGAGGAAAGCUUUAAGAAGCAGCAGCAGAUUGAAGAACAGAGUGCCACCAUAAUAAGGCUGUCCCUGGACCUGAAGGAAAAGGAGGCGAGCUGGUCUUCAUGCAAACAGAGAUGCGAGUCUUUGCAACAGCAGCUGUUGGUGUGGCAACAGAAGGAGGAGGAGGCGACCCGGCAGCUGGAGAGAGCAGAGGGCGAGGGGGAGGAGCUUAGAGCUGCCCUGCAACUCGCACAUGCACACUCCGCCACUCUGCAGCAGGGGAGGGAGGAGCUGGAUCGUGCUCACAGAGAGCAGCUGAAGGAGCUGAAGGACGUGUUCAGAAGGAGACUGGAGGCCGCUGAUGUGGAGAGGUCAAAGUUAGAGGCCUGUGCGCAGCAGGAGCAGGCUGAGCGAGAGAGGCUCCUGCAUCAGAGAGAGAGAGAGUGGAGGAGAGACACUGUGCUAAAGCUUGACACUGAGAGACAAAAACACCAACAGCUCAUCACCAAGUACCAAACUGAAUACCAGCAGCUGCAGGAGCAGCUACCUGUUCUGGUGCAAUCUGCAGUGCACGAGCUAGAGGUAAAGGUGUCAGCUCUGGAGGUAAAGGUGCGUGAGCGAGAAGAGGAGGUGCAGCAGGUCCGAAAGGAUGCCCAGCGUAACAUACAUGAGCACCAGCAGGGAGCGCUUGAGCUGCAGCAGACCUUAAGAGACUUCCAGCAGCUAGGAAACGAGACCUCAGCCCUGCAAGAAGAGAACGCCCUGCUGCAGGAGACGGUGAGGCGUGAGUGUGAGGAGAGAGCUGAGCUCACAGCUGCCCUGACCCUGGCCAGAGAGCAGCUGCUAGGGCUCAGGAGGACAGUGACCGACCCCCAGAGCCUUACUCAGCCCUCCCUCCCCAGCCUGAGUCAUCCAGCUGUCAGAGACACGGUCGGCGGGGGCAAAAGCACAGCGUCCUGGCAUGGACCCUCCUCUAAAACACACACCCUGCCCAGACUCCACACAGACAGAGGCUUCUCAGUCAGCGAGGCACGGCAGCGGGUCAGCGUGGCCAUGGGCAGGAAGAACAAGCGCUGAGGCUCAAGAGGUGCCAUUUAUCAGGGACAGCGCAACAUCUCUCAAUAGUGAAGUUUCGCCCAUUCAAAUACUGUACGUUUCAUAGGCAGAACAACCCUGCCCAUUAUUCAUCUAUUUUUUCUCCUCUAAAGUGUAUUCUCCAGUGAGGGAGCAGAUAAACUGCAACUUAUUAACACCAUGCCUGAUUCCAUGUGUGGGCUACUAAUGUUGCAUUAAAUUUCUUUAAUGCAACAUUAGUGUUUAAAAAAUUGAUGGGCUUUUGGAUUGUAGAAAGCAUUGACUGUAAAAAACUUGGAUGCCGUGACUCCAGUUCAGUCUGCAUAGUAGAGAGCAGAAUGUGUCUCAGACUGCCUUCAUUGAACAGCAAAUUUUUCAACAGAAAAAUGCAGUUCAUGUAAGUUCCACGCUGUUCCAUAAAAUGAACAGAAAGGGUGCUGUGUGGGUUCUGCAGACAACCAAUCUCUUUCAGCCAAGGCUGUCAAUCACGUCUUUCCUAAGCGUAGCAUAGGGCUGCACGAUAUAUCGUUUAAGAAUCGCCAUCGCGAUGUGCACAUUCACAAUAGUCACAUUGCAGGACGAUGUGACUAUUGUGCGGUGCAGGAGUAACCGCAUGGCCUCCAUCCACAUGGUUGGGCACGUGCUUGUAAACAUGGGCAUGUGUUGAAAGCUGUGCACCUCAGUCCAGCAGUUUUGUGCAGAUAUUUCCAGUUACAGCUGUAUUCACAUAUUUAUUUUAUCUUUUUAAAAAUCCAUUUAAAUGCCUGAUUUAAGGGCUGAUUACUGCUGUUUUGUUUUCCUCGGGUUUUGAGUGCUCAGCGCUGACUCAGCUCUUGAUCGGUCGCGCGGUUGGGUGUGGGGCUUGUGACAUCAUGGGUCCUUCAUUGUUUAAUAUCAUGAUAUAUAUUGCAGAAAAAAUUUAAUUUGUUUUCAAUAUCGUGCAGCACUAGUUUGGCCCACCUUCUCAAGAUGUAGAAGAAUAAGGCGUAAAAACUGGUUUCUUGGGGUAAAAUUAAAAUAUGGUAAUAUUAGCAGAGAUACUGGAGAUAGACACUUUAGAGGAGAAAAAUGAGUGGGGGCUAUUUUUUAUUAAACCAUACGGGGAUGGGCAGUUAUCAUACUGCAACCAGCCAGCAGAGGCACUAGACCUGUAGUGGCACUUUCCAUGCUUAUAUACAGUCGUUUGCAGAAAGCAUCACUCACAAGAAUUUAACACACACACACUCACACACUCACACACACUCAUACAUAGGCAAAGAGGGCAUCCAUCUGGAGCUGUCUCAAAUGCACACACACACUGAAGUAUGCACGCAUACUCUCUGUCUCUCAGAGGAACAGGAAAGAGAGAGCGUGACAACUGAUCCCAAGCCACACACACAUCUAAACACUCCCCACCUCCCUUGGUACACAAAUGCGCUCAUUAAUACACACACAUGCACACACACACACACACACACACUUACACGGACAAACAACAGCCUUCUACAAGGUCUUUCUUUUUUCACACACUCUCCCCCGACACACACUCGCACAUAACUAGGAGACCAAAGGUCUGUCUCACGCACACACACAAACAUACACACUCUCCCAACCGCUGCCUCCCACAACCAACACACAAGCCUGGAGCUGUCACGCAGUCACACACAUACACACAGAAAGAGAGAGAUAUGGUACAGUAUUUACAGGGACUGUGCUAAAAAAGUGUUUGCUGCUGUAACAAAUUCUUAGGCCAUUUGUUAAAGACUGCAUUUAUCAUGCAUUUGUAAAGAAUUAUGAAUUAUGGUUGCGUUUCGAAUAUAAAGCCCAAAUAUAAUGUCCAAAUAAAAUCUAAAAUGCAUGAAAAAAUUGGUCCUAUAAUGCAUUGGAAAUGUUAGUGGAAAUAACACGAAAUUGUAAUGUUAUUUAUAGAGAUCAGAAAAUACUGAUAUACUGAAGUAGCAUGAUAUUCUGCUUUUCAAUACUGUAUCUAUAUUUAAAAACACUAUCAAUGAUUUAUUAAUAGUUUAUACAGUGUGUAAAGAUUGGUGGCAGUGUUUAAUUUUGUUUUGUGUCUGUACCGUUUGGACAAAAAGUAAACUUUGUCAGUCCUGACGACCUAAACCCUGAACUUGUCACUCUGGACUCAUGCAUUCUAACCGAAACUCUCACACUCUACUCAUGUGACACUACAGCGUUCCAGCUCACCAAGCUAAUGAUUGUUCACACCUGUUUUCCCGUGUAUAGAUACCCCUCACUUCCUUUGUGUCCUUUCCGAGUAUUGAUUCUAAUUUUCAAGCUUUCAUGCAAAGCAUUUUCUUGUUUUGUCUUCUGUUACUGAUAUAUUUUGACUUUGCCUUAUCCUGCUCCCUGACUUUUGCAUUUACAGUGUAUGACCCUAGACUGCUUGACCUCUGUUUCUUACGUUGUUUUGUACGCUAUUUUACAAGAAAAUAGUGGCCUAUUUUUUUGCGUUAUACUGUCUUUAUAUGCCUAUUUUUUAAUCUUGUCUUUAAUCCAAUACCUUGGUAUAGUAAAAGCCCCAAAACCUGCAUGCUCUUAUUCACAAUUAAAAUACAUAUGGCAUUUCAGCCAGAA